CUUCCUCCGCACCGGGCCGUCCUUCUGCCCACCCCUCCAUUGCCCGUUCUUCCCCUUGGGCAGUCCCUUUUUAUCACGGCUGUUUUUCCCUUUCCCCGAUUGUUUCCCCGGCUCCUCCUGGCUGCCCUCUCCCGACCACCACCUGCUGACAAGUCCCAUGGCCUCAGGCAAACUACCCCUGCUAGGACGCCCAGCUUCCCCUUUACCCUGUUCCCUCAGGGCCCCCGCCCCUUUUACCCCUUCCAGGCCAACCAGGCCCUAGCAAGCCGCACCUGCUUCCCAGACCCCUGCUUCUCCCUCCCUGUCCCUGGUCCGUAACUCAGCGCACGGAGCCUGUGCGCCAGUCUGGCUGGGUGACUCCCUGGGCCCCCACGUGUGCGGCGGCGCAGCAGGACGCAUGCGCGGCGCGCGAGCCUGCGCACUGAGCAGCCGCGGCGCAUUGCUGCUCGGCGGCGCCGGCGCCGGGAUCUGGGCGGCCAUGGGGCAGCGGGCAGCUGGAGCGCCAAGGGCCAGGUAGCGACGGCUAGCGGCGGCGGGCCCCGAGGGCUAGGCCCGGCAUGUAGAUUCCCCCGCAGGCACCCGCAGCAACGAACGUCUAUUUCAUCCAUGAACAAAAGAGACAGAGAGACAGAGAAAGAGACAGAAUCCUGAACAGAGUCUUGUUGCUACGGUCCACCCCACAAGCUCAGCCAGUCCCAGAUAAUGGGCACACGCCCAUCCUCCUGUACUGAAGGAGCUCUCCGGAUGCAAACUCAGAACCUUCCCAUAUUAAAGCAUCAGUACUUUCCUGACCGAAGCUCUCAUUUAUCAACUAUGGAAAUGGAACAAGAAAAAAUGAAUAUAAGCAAAGAGUUGAGUCCAGAUUCGGCUUCAUACCGCUGCUCAGCCUGUCAUGGAGAUGAGACCUGGAGUUACAAUCACCCCAUCCGGGGCCGCGCCAAGUCUCGCAGCUUGUCUGCCUCACCUGCCCUGGGGAGCACCAAGGAGUUCAGGAGAACACGCUCUCUACAUGGACCGUGCCCAGUGACCACUUUUGGACCAAAGGCCUGCGUGCUGCAGAACCCCCAGACCAUCAUGCACAUUCAGGACCCUGCAAGCCAGCGGCUGACAUGGAACAAGUCUCCAAAGAGUGUUCUUGUUAUCAAGAAGAUCCGUGAUGCCAGCCUGCUGCAGCCAUUCAAAGAGCUCUGCAUGUACCUCAUGGAGGAGAACAACAUGAUUGUGUAUGUGGAGAAGAAAGUGCUAGAAGACCCUGCCAUAGUGAGUGAUGAAAACUUUGGACCAGUGAAGAAGAAAUUCUGUACUUUCCGAGAAGAUUAUGAUGACAUUUCCAAUCAGAUAGACUUCAUCAUAUGCCUGGGAGGAGAUGGGACCCUACUUUAUGCUUCUUCACUUUUCCAGGGCAGCGUGCCUCCGGUUAUGGCAUUCCACCUGGGCUCCCUGGGCUUCCUGACCCCAUUCAACUUUGAGAACUUUCAGUCCCAAGUUACUCAGGUGAUAGAAGGGAAUGCAGCUAUUAUUCUCCGGAGCCGGCUGAAGGUCAGGGUGGUAAAGGAGCUCCGAGGGAAGAAGGUGGCCAUCCACAACGGGCUCAGUGAGAACGGUGUGCCGGCUCCGGGCCUGGACACGGAGGUCGGGAAGCAGGCCAUGCAGUACCAGGUCUUGAACGAGGUGGUGAUUGACAGAGGCCCCUCCUCGUACCUGUCCAAUGUGGACGUCUUCCUGGAUGGACAUCUUAUUACCACGGUGCAGGGCGAUGGAGUGAUCGUGUCCACCCCGACGGGCAGCACUGCAUACGCGGCCGCCGCUGGAGCCUCCAUGAUCCACCCCAAUGUGCCGGCCAUCAUGAUCACGCCCAUCUGCCCCCACUCGCUGUCAUUCCGGCCCAUCGUUGUCCCUGCAGGGGUCGAGCUAAAGAUCAUGCUGUCACCAGAAGCAAGGAACACUGCAUGGGUGUCCUUUGAUGGACGGAAGAGACAGGAGAUCCGCCACGGAGACAGCAUCAGCAUCACUACCUCUUGCUACCCGCUCCCUUCCAUCUGUGUUCGAGACCCCGUGAGUGACUGGUUUGAGAGCCUCGCCCAGUGUCUACACUGGAACGUUCGGAAGAAGCAGGCGCACUUCACGGAGGAGGAAGAAGAGGAGGGGGAGGAGGAGGAGGGCUAGGCCAUGGGCCUGCCAGACUCAUGGACCUGGGAGUCUCAGAUCCUCCCAGGUCUGCAUCUUCCUUUGCUGCCUCCCUCUUCCCCUCUGGGAACAGACCAAUCUCUGUGUGAACACAUGUCGCAAAUGGUCACAAACUCCUGCAGGCCGUAGUCAUCAAAUCCCUUCCUGUGUGUAGCCAGGAAAAGUCUGGAUCUGCCUUUUGUCGACCAGAUCACCUGUUUUUUAACAUUUUUAAAUUGACUUAUUUUUGCAUUUCUAAAGAAGAAAAGUGAGAAACAGGCUGGGGGCUGGUCCUAUCAGUAUACCCUCAUUGGUCAGCUCAGAGCUGCAUGGGCUCUUGGUAAUGCCACAUCAGGAAACUUUUCAAUAAAUCAGUCUGUUGAAAUUCAGAAGGGGUCAGACUGAGUCAGUCUGUCCUCUGGUGUUGAAAAUAAAUGUCUCAGCCAAAAAUCUUCCUUUAGCUGCAAUGCUUUCCCCUCGGGCCUGUACCUUUUCCCUUAAACUCUUGGAGGGAACCAGGCCAAGACUCAAUUACAGAAGCAGUUUUUCUGUGGAUUGGCCAGGUAGAUUUGUUCUGCUCCCGUUUCUAGAGAUGGGUGGAUGCCUCCCUUCUCCUCCCCUCCCUGCUCAGAAUUAGCCUUGAGUCAGGCUGUCCAGAGGCCCCUGGCUCCCUCUUCCAGAGCCUAGCGAGGAGUUAGGGAAGGGAGGCAGCACAGAUAGACACACACAUUCCUCACACAGCAUGGUGGGCAGCUCGGCUCCAGGAAGAUAUUUUAAAUCCUGUAUAUACUUUUUAGAGAUUCUUUUAACCUUUCUGAAGUGCUUAUGUACAUAUUUUCUUGUACACACUUUUGUGAAGAUCUAAAGGGGGGGAGGUCUGUCCUGUCAUUUGGUGUUUGCCUUUGUGUUCUGUGGACACUGUCCUGGGACCAUUCUGUCCAGUCGCGUGUGCCCUCUGUCGGGCUGAGGGUGCAGGAGAGAGAGCGGUGUUUCAGGGUUGAGUGAGCUCGUUCAUUUGCAACUCUAGUGAGAAUUUCAAACACAUUCAUUAGAGGAAAAUGGCAAGGGAAUAAACGGUCAAUUCCACCCCUGCUGCUCCUUGAUCUCAGGCUUGCACUGAGGAGUGUGUGUGAGUGUGUGUGCACACUACGUCUCGGGCAGCACACGUGUCUGCCAUGUGGGACCCAGAGCCUACGGAGUCUGGUCUGAGCUGGGGCUCAGCUUGAUUCCAAACAGGCGGGUCGGCCUCCUGGUUCCUGUUGCCCAGCAGGGCAUCCUAAAUGCACAGUCAGUUUAUGAGUAACUGCUCUUUGAGUUUUACUCAGAAAGUUGCAUUUUCACCUGUUAAAUUGAUAAAAACAGGAGGGGAUGAGCCCCUGCCUUUCUUGGACUUGCUUCUGAAGGUCAUGUGUGCGAGGCCAUCCUUUGUCUAUCUGGAGCUUCACUCGCGGGGGGUCUUGUGCCCUGGACUGUCCAUGGCCCUGCCCACUUGGGUGCGUGGCUCUGAGGUGCAGCUCAUGUUCUCUCUCCUCUUGCUCUUGCCUGGGCUUCUCAGCGUCUGUAGCAGAAGUGUCUGAAAACUCCGAGUGUGAUUGUGAGCAACAGGCCUGACCUGGAUGCCACUGUCUGAAGUCCUCGGUACCUGUCCUUGUCUGUCGGGGAUACUGAGUGCCGGGAGAGCUCUGCCCACCAACCUCCGGGGCUAAGGAGGGAGAGAGGUACGAACACCCACUGCUUUAGGUAUGGGAGUGCUGUUUGGAAUUCCAGUCACUGCUAAACAAAAAAGCAAGUGUUUAAGUCCUAAAGCAGCAUGAUGUUGUAAUGAUCUAGUAAACUUUGGGUUUUUGAAGUAAAUUCUUAAUGUUUCAUAUUGUUAAUAUCUUGAAAAUUUGUUAAAUGUCGAUAGCCUUAUUACUAUUUUCAGAUCCUUUCAAUAAACAGACUUGUAAAAAAUG